UCAUCAUCCCACUCACUGGAUCACCACUGGUUCGCACUGUCCGCGUUGCCCUGCUGUCCUCUGACCUGCGCAGAAUGAGGGGAGUACAGGCCAGGCCUCGCUAGAAAGACGCCAUUGUUACGCCAACAGGAUGAGCUGAGCCGCUGUUGCAACUUAUGCUUCCGAGCAUCUCGAUGCCGACGUCACCGACGCUGCACGCCAUGCCCUCCUAUGUGGUGUCAUUUCGGUGCCCUGCCUGCCCCGGCUGCAAGACGGAGUGCAACGCGAGUGGUGAAGCAGCGGCACCCCAUUAUCAGCACCUCCAGCCUCCCAGCUCUUGCGGCAUUCAGCUUCCUAGAUCACGUUGAAACGACGACCAGGAACAACCUCCCUGACGCUUAUCUCAAACAUGACCUGUGGCACCACGCCGGUACGCCGUUCACCGAGUGCGCAUGAUCUGCAUGACGCCAUGACUCGCCGAGAUGGGGUCA